CAGGUACUUCAGCAUUCGGAGCAGCCGUGGCCCGAGGACCGAGCCGAAGCUGGCCUUCACAGGGGCCCCAGCGCCCUCCCCAGACGUGCAGUGGCUGUGGCCUCAGGGGUGGCCGUCCAGGCUCCCGCUGCCUCGUGCCACCUCCCCGUCAGCUCCACGGGCAGACCCGCUGAGGUCGUGCGGCGGUUGAAGGGUCCAGAAAACGGAACCAUCUCCUGAGGUCAGGCUGCCUGCAGAUCUAGACCCUUUCCUCUGCUGCCUCAUUGCCAGUUCCAUUAAAUACAGUCUAUGACAGCUUAUUGACACUGUACCGUAGUCAGCAUCGGUGUGGACGUGCUCAAUGGCCCCCAUGCAGAAAAAGGCUGGGAAGAAAGGCGGUAAGAAGAAGGAGAUGAUUACGGUAGAGGUUAAGAAGGAAAUGAUCGAGAAGUAUGAACGAGGGAUGCGAGUGGCCGAAAUCGCAAGAUUUUACAAGAAGUCGACGUCGACUAUUUGCACAAUCUUAAAGAGGAAAGAGGAAAUAAGGGGGCUGGACGCAGCAAAAGGAGUCACGAGAAUUUCAAAGCAACGCCCACGUGUUCUGGAAGAUGUGGAAAAGUUGCUUCUGGUUUGGAUCAACGAGAAGCGGCUGGCAGGUGACACCGUGACCGAGAACUUCAUCUGCGAGAAGGCGAAGGCCUUGUAUGCCGACCUCGUCAGUAAGCUGCCGCGCGCGUCGGCAGAGCGCGAAGAAGGCUUCAAGGCCAGCAGGGGCUGGUUCGAUAACUUCAAGAGGAGAAGUGGCAUCCGCAGUGUCGCCAGGCACAGAGAGGCCGUGAGCUCGGACGCCACGGCAGCGGAGGCGUUCGCUGCCGAGUUCCAGGAGCUCAUGGCUUCUGAGGGUUACCUGCCGGAGCAAGUUUUCAACUGUGAUGAGACAGGACUUUUCUGGAGAGAGAUGCCAAAGAGGACGUACGUCACAGAAGAAGAGAGCGCGGCGCCCGGUCACAAGCCCCUGAAAGACCGUCUCAGCCUCUUGUUUUGUGCUAACGCAAGCGGGGAUUUCAAAGUCAAGCCCCUGCUCGUGCAUCAUUCCGAGAAUCCCCGAGCCUUCAAGAAGUGCCAAGUGCAGAAGAGCCAGUUAAAUGUGCUGUGGAGGUCCAACAGCCAGGCGUGGGUCACUCGUGUCUUGUUCGUGGAGUGGAUCAAUGAGGUCUUCGGUCCUGCAGUGAAGAAAUACCUUUUAGAGAGGAGUCUGCCGCUCAAGGCCUUGCUGGUGAUGGGUAGUGCCCCUGCACAUCCUCCAGGCUUUGAGGAUGACCUGCUGGAGGAGUUCGAGUUCCUUAAGGUCAAGUUCCUUCCUCCCAACACGGCUCCAAUCCUCCAGCCCAUGGGUCAGCAGGUCAUUUCGAACUUUAAAAAGCUUUACACCAAAGCACUACUUCAGCGAUGCUUUGAGGUGACCGAAGGAACAGGCCUCACCCCACGAGAGUUUUGGAAAAGUCAUUUCCACAUCGUGAGCUGCCUCAGGAUCAUCGACAAGGCCUGGGACGGGGUCACCCAGCGGACCCUCAAUUCUGCCUGGAGAAAACUGUGGCCCGAUUGCGUUCUUGGGCGUGACCUAGAGGGGCUUGCUCGGGAGCAGCCGCCGCCAGCCGUCGACGAAACCACGUCCUUGGGGAAGAGCACGGGGCCGGAGGGGAGAGUGCACGACGUCCAGGAGCCGGCCGCCGGUGAGCCGAUGGAGCUGCACUGCGAGCAGGGGCGGCCGGUCAUGGAGACCUCGGCGGCGGCGGCGGCCCUCGAUCCAGAUGAGAUCAGGGAGAUGUUUAAAAUGUGGGAAACAGUGCAAAAAUUUGUAGAAAAGCACCACCCGCAUAAGGCUGUGGCAGCACGAGCGGUGCAUCUGCUUAACGAGACCGCGAUGUCCCAUUUCCGCGACGUCCUCCGGCGGACGCAGAAGCAAGCGUCACGGGAUGGGUUUCCUGUGAAAGCGGCACGAAAAGCAAAAGACCCCCCGGAGGCAGCAGACCGCCGUGACCCCGUCGGCGAGCGGGAGGGCCGCCCUGCGCAGUAGCCGCCUCCCGCCCGCCUCCCUCACCGCGGCCGCAGAGGCGUUCAAAGGUAAGUGCCGGGCGAUCUGUUUGUUUUCCUUUCUGUCUUGUAUUGAUUUUAAAUUAGGUCACAGUAUUGUGAUCAUUUUAUAGGGAUAUUUUUGGGUGGUGGAACGAAUCAUCUGAGUUUCCAUUAUUUCUUAUGGGAAAAUUCGCUCUGAUAUGCAAGUGCUCUGGACCACAGGCGUGUUUCCGGGACAAAUGACGCUGGCAGACGACGGCGUCCCUGUUCAGAGAGCUGGCAGGGGCCGCCCCCGGGGCCUGCCUGCCCUCAGGUCCUCGCGCCGACGAGGCCGGGCUGUCCUCGGCACACGCUGUAGUGAAGAUGCCACCCCUUGGGUACAGUGACAGGACACACUUGAGGACUUCUUUCCCACGACAGUAAGUGUUUUUGUGCAGUGUCCUUUUUAAGGAGCCGUUCAUCAUUCCCAGGACUUCUGCGUCAUUGUUGGAUGGUAGGAGGCCCUCACGGCGCAGGCCUGGAGCGGAGGGCCCAGCUCAGCUGUGGGGCGAGUGGUUUCUGCCCUCUGCCCACCCCCCCGGCCCAGCUGUGGCCUGUACCCCGUGGGGAAGGGUCCCCGAGGAGCUUCUCCUCGUGAGGCCCUGGUUCCUCCCUGAGCUGCAGACGCAGGCCUGAGCCCGGCUCGGGUCACCGGAGCGGCCCUUGGCAAUGUGCACGCGGGGGUGAGUGUGCAGAAAGAGCGGUGUGAGCACGCCCACGGCGGCCCUGGAGAGGCGCACGCCCGCGGUCCCAUCCGUGCCCCUCACAGGAUCUCUGAAAAGUUAUUUUCAUGUAUUUCAAGUUCGUAAUCUUAUUUUUAAAGAGAGGAACAGCUCUUAAGUUAAACCAGCAAGUCAAAAGCCACGCCCACCAGGAUGGACAAAAUAGACACCGACGAGUGUUGGCGAGGCUGUGCGGGCGUGGGGCCGCCCCGCGUGGUGGGCGCAGCCCGGCGGCCCCACGCCCGGGGAAGUGACCGCAUGCCACCACGUGAAACGCCCGUGCACAAGUGCCCGCAGCGGCCACGGGGCAGAAGUGGCCCAGAUGUCCACUGGCAGAGGCGUGUGGCCCGUCUGUGCUGUGGAGUGUGACUCAGCCACGGAAAGGAAAAGUACACAGUGCUUGCGGUGAGCCCACGAACAGCCACUGGCCGAUGGGAGCCAGACACGGAGGGCCGCCCGCCGAACGGUCCCAUUUCUGGGGGCGUCUGAGACAGGCGGAUCCCGGGAGACAAAAAGUGGGCUUGUGGUUGCCAAAGAGGGCCGAUGGGGAGCCAGUGCUGACGGCCGCUCUUUCUGGGGCGCUGAGACGCACUGCCGUCAGGUGGCUGGGGCCUCUCACGCCUGAGUGUCCCGGAACAUGGAGUCCUGCACUUUAAGGGGGUAGACUUCAUUGUAUGUGUAUUACAUCAAUAAAACAACUUAAAAAUCACUGA